UUAGUGAUUUUCGAGCCAAAGUCACGUCGUGCCAUUGCUCGUGGGGCCCUGGAAUCAGUUCCCCGCGCAAGUGAGGGGCAACAAGAUAAGAGUCUCGUGCGCACCUUCUCCAGGCUUCAUUGAGGUCUUUCUGGAAUUGGAAAAUCCCCUGGCGAGAUCACUAUGCGACACAACACCUGUCAUCUCCCAAAUGGCAUGACAUUUAGUGUGUCACCUGUCUUUGGUGGGGUCACUUUCAAAUCCAACGAUUUGAAUGCUCACAACUCCACUUUCCCGCCGGGAUGGACGAUCAUCAUCCACAGCGAAAAGAAUGCCAAGCUGCCAGAGGAUGAACGAGGUCGAACUGGCUCGCAGAGUGGACGUCCAACUUCCAGCGAUGGCGACCAGAAUAUUUCCCGAUUUACCACUCCCACUCUAAGCCGUGACUGCCUUUACAUCUCCUACAUCGUCAAUCCACCAUCUAGCGAAUUCAAACCGGCUUCUUCGCCAACCCGCCAUAUUGCAAUGAUGCUCUGGGCAACCUUGUGGUGGUACUUUCACGAGCCCGAACCUGAUCUCCACCUGGACACCGCGGCAUGCGGCGCGACCCCGCACGAUGGACGGCCGAAGGGCGAAUGGCGGGUGAACAUCAAACGCGAGGGAAUUUUCAAGGGCCGGAAUUUACUACAGAAGCUGGAGCGCAUGGGUUUGAUUGCUAGCGAGGACUCGUCGGUCGGGCUGCAGCCUGUUGAAACACGGGACUCGAGCAAUUGGUCGAACAUGUUUGUGAGCCGAAGAAGCUUCUGGCAAAUAGACCCGCGUCUCUUUCUCUUCACGCUGACCCCUCGAGGGGCACCGCCAUCUCCCUCCUUGACCCCAUUCCAAUCUCGGCAUGCUUCACCGGCGCGGGAUGGCCUUCCUGUCUCGACGGGGCUGUCGCCUACAGAGGCAACAUUCCAUACCGGCAACGUGAGCCCUUUCACAUCGGCUGGACCAUUCACAUCUGGUAGCCAUCUACCAACAUAUUACCCGCCCGCACCAACGCAGUAUAAAUUCACCAAUGGGGUUCGGCACCCGAUCCGCCCAAAGCCACCCCAUCAAGGAGAAAUAUUCUAUUCUCGGUAUAUUCCUAGUGUGGCCCAGUAUCUCUCCUUCCGAAUCCCGUUCCUGCCUAUGAUGAAGCCCAGAGUGGCAGCCGGUAGCAGUGAUAGCCGACCUUCCACAUCAAACAAGCUGGUCAGCUCGGCCGUGACGGGUAUUGAGCAGCAUCUUAACCAGGACAUCCCGUCCGAUUUGGACACCCUGCAUAAGUGGAUGAAUGAUCCCCGUGUCGAAGCAAUGUGGGGUGCUGGGGGUCCCAAAGAAGUGCAGGAGAAAUUUCUCAUGGACAAUCUGACAAGUCGACACAGUUUCCCCGUCAUUGGAUGCUGGGAUGGGAAACCGUUCGGCUACUUUGAGCUCUACUGGGUAAAAGAGGAUUCACUGGGCCGUUUAUUGGACUGCGUGGAUAAUUAUGAUCGGGGUAUUCACCUUCUUGUCGGCGAGCAGGAGUUCCGAGGGCCACACCGAGUGGCAAUCUGGUUGACUGCUCUCGUGCACUACUGCUUUUUGAGUGACAUGAGAACGGAAUCAGUUGUGCUAGAGCCGCGAAUUGAUAACCUAAAGCUUAUCGGAUACCUGCAGCAAGUUGGCUUUCAUAAAGAAGGGGAGGUCAGCUUCCCGCACAAACAGUCCGCCGUGAUGAGGAUCAAGCGCGAUACAUGGGAGACGCCGGCUCUCUAAGGACCGAGGCAUCUCUAUGAUGAUUAAUGACUUGCUUGCAUUGUUUUCGCCGUUCAACCAUAUCAUACUUGCAACUUCGACAUCCACU